AUGACGACGCAGCUUCUGGCCACGGAGCUAGCUAAUCUCAUUCAGGAGAGCAAGAGGAAGCACAGUGACCUUCGACAGGCGGCCGAAAGAUCUCUGGAAGAGCUAAAGAGUCUCGGCAAUGUCCCCGAGACGGCAGCUCCUGAGUUGCUCUCGCAGAAGCCCAGCUUUGUGAAUCCCUUCAUCAUCGCGUGUGGCACCAAGAAUGCAAAGUUCACGGGUAUUGCCAUCGUCUGCCUGCAGAGGCUCAUCGUUGCCAAGGCGCUGCCGAGGUCGAAGCUCUACCAGGUCUUGGAGGCGCUGAUGCAAGCAUCGUCGGCUGGGCUUGACGUGCAGCUGAAGAUUCUGCAGGCCCUGCCGUCUCUGCUGCAGAACUACUCCUCGGACUUGAAUGGCGAUCUUCUUGUGACUGCCCUGAAUAUCUGCUUCAUCCUGCAAAGUAGCAAGAAUGCCAUUGUGAAUAAUACCUCAGCCGCCACCCUCCAGCAGCUCGUCGUUUCUGUAUUUGACAAAGUAGUUGCUGAAGACAAAACUGGGGGUGAUGCCCCUAUCGCAGGCGAGGCGCCCUCCGCCGAUGGCAAAGUAGAACUGCGCGCGGCCGCAUUGGAUGCUUACCGUCGGUCCGAAUUCUUGCGUUUCUCGGGCUUGCAACAGACAUUUGGGCUCGAGUUGAUCGAGUCGGUCAUUACCAACCACGCCGCCGUCUUCAUCACCCAUCCCGAACAGGCGCAUAUUCUUCGCGAUCGCGUAAUGCCUCUUCUGAUGAGUGCACUCAAGGGAAAGCCGUCGUUCGCCACAACUGUGAGGCUCGUUCGCAUCCUCUAUACCUUGCUGCGACGCCACAUCACCGUCUUGCCGACCGAGUGCGGCGAUGCGUUGUCGCUCCUUACGACCCUCCUGGAUCAAGAUACCACCAUAUGGAAGCGGGCGUUAUGCAUGGAGGUAUUCCGCGGUAUAUUCGCCGAGCAUGCUCUCGUGCGUCGCAUAUUUGCCAUGUACGACGCCAAGGAGGGCGACAGGGACAUCAUCAAGACACUUAUCGCGACUUUUGUCCGGCUCAGCACCGAGAAACCAGCAGUCAUCGGCCUCGGCCAUCAAUCCACGAUGCCAGUCGCCGAUCCAUCUGGCAGCUCCAACUCAUCCACAGACCAAGCCUUGAUUGAAGCCACCAGUGUGACUGGAAUCAUCGGCGGUUCCGUUGGGUCAGAGGUCUCCAACAUAGGCAUCAGCGUGGCAUGGAGCUCUGUCCGAGUCCCCUGCAUAGAUCAGCUAGAUAAAGCUGAGGCUCCGACGAUUCCUGAGUCAUACAUCUACAGUUUGAUACUGGCCUGUCUAUCGUCUCUAUCAGAUGGGCUUGCCAAGUUUAUUCUACCGCUCACGGUUCCUAACGAGACCCGAACUCGGAGAAAGGCCUCGAAGCAAGACAUGGGGCGUAGCUCACCUGCUCCAGCCCAGCUGGAAGCCGAAGGCUCAUCUCACGGACCGCGAGAACGGUCGGCGUCUUUCAAGAAGAACCCCGUGCCUAUCAAUCCGUUGGACCUUGAGGAUCAUCCCGCCUAUCCAGAAGUCAGGAUCUGUUCUGACAUCGUCACCGAGUGCUGGCCUGCUAUCCUGGCAACCUGCUCAACCUUUCUUUAUGCUUCUCUGGAUUCAGAGUAUUACCAUGGCCUGGUUCGAGCAUUCCAGAGAUUUGCCCACGUGGCCGGCCUGUUGCAGCUUCCUACACCGCGGGAUGCGUUUCUAUCUACCCUGGGGAAGGCUGCAGUGCCUCCGAAUAUCCUGAGUGCGUGCGUUAAUGCCGGACAGUCGCGGUCUAGCACGGCCACUACUCCUACGGAGACCCAGAACAGCGUUUUCAGUAACGCCCGUGGCCUCUUGAGCGUUGAAAACCUGACGCAAGUGUCCAGCCCCACGGAAAGGCAGCGGCAGGGGCCGUUGGAUCCGUCGAUAACCCUCAACACACGGAAUCUUCUCUGCUUGCGAGCUCUACUCAACCUCGGUAUCGCACUCGGCCCAACGCUUGGGCAUGCCUGGGGCAUCAUAUUGGAGACUUUACAACAGGCGGAUUUUGUGCUCUACGUCACGGGUAAAGCGCCUGUGAGAGCCACGUCCAUAAGUCGCAGCGGGCAAGACUAUCAAAAUGAAUCAGAAGGCAACUCGCUCAUGGCCAAUUUUGGCAGCGAGGUCCGGUCCGUCGAGACGGCCGCGGCCAGAUUGAUUGAAAGCAGCGUUGACUUCCCCAAUGAGUCGUUUGUCGAAGUGGUUCAAGCAAUAUGUGGUUUGCUGCCAGGCGAGGGCGAGGCUAAAUCCAGCACUGAGAACAAAGAGCAGCAGUCGCGGCCGACUCAGCACGUGAGGUCCUCGUCUGGACAACAUCGGCGAGUGCUCAGCUUCUCUGGCCAGUCGACGAUAUCCAAUCAAGAGCUUCAGUUUGCACUAGCCAAGCUGGGAGAGGUUGCCAUGAUCAACUUGGAACGGUUGUUGAGAUUUGAUCCGAAAGAGUCAGGGUGGGAGAUGCUAGUGCAGAAACUGAUCCAGAUGUUGGACUGGGGCGUUAUCAGUCCGCCAGUCAGGACAAGAGCCUCGGAGAUUCUAGCUAAGCUGGUGCUCGAAGCAGCCAACGCUGCAGGUGCCCUCCCUGCCGAUAUCCGCGGGCCGAUUCAACUUCGUUUAUUAGGGGCGCUUCGGGAUUCGUUGAAGCCUCUGCAGAAGCGCGGCAGGGACAUUUCUGUUGCAAACGCGACAACCGACGUUGAAAUUCAUCGAAUUCUACUUGACGGUUUGCGAGGCGUUAUCGAGGACUGUGGGCAGACCCUCGUCAGCGGCUGGGACGUCACGUUUGAUAUCAUCGGGAGCGUUUUCACAACAAGAGAAACUGAUCUCGCAGAUGGAGAAUCCAUCAUCAGCGCUCGAACCCUCGGUACACGAUCGUCGAAGCUUGUGCGAGCCUCUUUUAGCUCACUCCAACUUAUUUGCUCGGAUUUCCUGGCUUCGUUGCCCAAUUCUUGUUUCUUAAUCUUGGUCGAUACCCUCUACAAGUUCUGCUCUCAAGACGACGAUCUCAAUAUCGCAUUGACGACUGUGACCUUUUUCUGGACCCUUUCCGACUUCUUAUCCGGGAACGACAAGUCGCUGGAUAUCACGAUUGACUUGUUCCAAGGCGCAGAUGUGGACGCCUUGGAACGCUUGGCAGCAGAGCGCAGCCGAGGAUCUGACGCAGCGCUGUGGAUGUUGCUGCUGUUGAGGCUUACAGCUGUCGCCUCAGACGACAGGGUCGAUCUCCGCAAUACGGCAAUACAGACGCUGCUCCGAAUCUUUGAUGCUUACGGCGAGAGGCUCAGCCCUGAGGCAUGGUCAAUAUGCAUCAAAUCCGUGGUGUUCAAGCUGCUGGCUUCGCUUGAAGAAGAGCUGCGCAGUACCCAGGACGAAGAAGUGGACGAAAGCGAUAGGACAGAGUGGCACGAUACCGCGGUUGUCGUGCUGAAUGGCAUAUCGACCCUGCUCGGAAAUAACCUCGAAGUGCUUACGGCGCACUCAUCCUUCAACGAGCUUUGGAACGAGCUGCUGGGACAUUUAGCCACCCUGCUCGAUUUCCACAUCCUUGACAUCAACACUGCAACUUUCAAAACAUUGAGCCACGUACUUUCUCAGUCCGGAAACGAGGAGAAGCCCAUCUUCGACGAAACAACUGUCAGGUUCGCCUGGGACUUGUGGUCUCGGGGUAUCCCAAUUACGAAAUCUCCAAGCGGGAAAGCCCAAGACAACCAGAACUGCCUGAUUGCCUACGUGGUUGCCCUCCGUGAGGUCUACAGGCUGAUCAAGUCUGAUUUGACUGUGGAGAGGGUGCAACGGAUACUCAGCUUGCUACGCCAUACCGUCGAGGAGGCUUCUGUGGGAAGCUAUGCGACCGAUAUUGAUAAUCUGACACAGCUCCAAGCGCAGGUGCUGGAUGCCGUGAAGAUGGUUCGGACCGACAUUGGCGGCGUUCCGUCGGCCUUGAUUAUGCAGGUUUCUGAGUUUGUGACUCUGGCGUAUGACCGAGACUACGAGUCUCAGCCCCAGUCAAAGAGGACAUAUGUUGCCAUGUCAAAGGCCAGUAUGCAAAUGUUGGAGGGCCUGGUGGUGAGCCACUCAACUGAUGCAGACAUCUACACGAGCGGGUCGAUCAGCGCAGCUCUAUCCGCCCUUCUCAGGCCUAUUGCCCUGAAAUAUCAAUUCCCCAUUACAACGAAGUCAACUCAACCCUGGAAACUGGCUACUUCGACAGCGUUGGCCAUCAUACAGGCGGCACUAUCGAAACUGGACAAUCUCGACAUACCCACGAACACAAUCCAAGGCAUCUGGCAGCUGGUUGCCGAUAUUGCAGAUGGUAUUUUGAGCGCCGAUUGCGGUAGUCCACCACCCGGGACAGACAUCGCAGAGGAUGAAGCAGCAGAUAUUGCUUGGUUUCACAGAUUGGUAGAACUGGUCAUCCCAGGGAUGGGGUCAGAAAGAGUGAAGGAGGAGACUCGGAGGGCAUAUACCAAGAGCCUGUUUAGGACAUCAAUUAUCCACGAACCUCCACUGGUCGACAAGCUCGUCAUUGAGGACGGAGGACCUGGAUUGUCCAAAUUGUACCAUCCAAGAGCCGGACUUACAGUGUCGCUACCACCGACCCAACGCACGAGGAUGGCCUAUGUUGCAUUUGAAGAGCUCUUCUUGCUCGUCUCAACGGACGCAGCGGCUGCCCACAGGCCGUCUAACGCCGAGGUCACGGACGAUUAUUCCACUUCAAGAAGACGCAUUGCGUGUACCGCGGCCCCGUUCCUACUUUUGCGAUGCGCGCUGACGCUUCGCGCCUAUGUAUCCGACCAGCCGCUCCGAGGCAAGAUGCCGCAGCCCCUGAGCCAGAGGAAAGAACUGCUCUGGAUGUUGCAGAAGCUAGUUGGGUUGCAGAGCCAGAGCGAGGCGAUACGUCCUUUGGAAGGGGCAGUGAGCGAAGACAGGAAGCAUUUGCUGAGGCUGUAUCCCUUGAUCGUGAAGGCACUGAGGGUGCAGGGCGACGACAAGGUGCAGUCACUUUUGAGGGAUGCAUUGGACGUUGUAGGGGGGGAGUUUGGCAUUGUUUAG